UAUCAAUCAUAAAAAGUAGUCAAAAAUCUGAAUUGGGAUAAAACCCUUUUGAUUCCCUCAAGACACACAAAACUUAAUUUAUUUUUUAUUUUUAUCAUUAUUUUAUUUGUUUUUUUUUAAAAAAUUAAAAAAAAACAUCCUCCUUUGAUCAGAAUGGUAUUUGAAACUCAUGAUGUCCUUAAAUAUUUAACCGACAUGGAAACUAAAUUGAAUAUUGGCAAAGCAACAACAACAACAACAAGAUCCCCAUUACAUGAGUUAUUUAAUACUACUACGAAUAAUAAGAAUGAUUCACAAGAGGAUCGAUUAUUACGUCAUAAAUUAUGCAAUACGGAUCAGUUCUAUUCCAGGCAAACUAUAGAAUCCAUAGAUCCAAAUUUGAUUCAAUCCACAAAUGAAUUUACUCAUUUACCAGAUCAUUUAAAGAUGAUUAUAAAUAAAACAUGGAAAACAUAUUAUGAUCAAGAGAAUAAUGAAAAUCAUAUACCGAAUCUAACGAAAAUAUCAGCUGUAUGUACAUGUCAAGCGAAUAUAUUAAUGAAUGAUUCAAUAUAUUUCCCAAAAUGUUCAACAACAAUAACCCCAACAAGUCUUGAUACAAGUUUAGAAAUGAAUCAAUCAAUGAAGAAGAUACCAAAAAUGACGAAAUUACGACCAAGACCAUUAUUAAGACAAAAAGAAAAUGAUGAACAUUAUCUAACAUCAUCAUUAUCAUCAAAUAGUAUUGUGAUUACUUCAAAGACAGUCACUAGUUCUAAUGAAUUACAAUCUCUGACUAAUACACAUAGACCAAUGCAAGUACAUAUGCGUUAUCCAAUACCACGUAAACAAGAUGCUAUUUAUAAUGCAAGAUAUAAAACGCAACCAUGUUUACAUUAUCAAAAAUAUAAACAUUGUCCACUUGGUGAUAAUUGUCAUUUUGCUCAUGGUCCAGAUGAAUUAAAAUAUCCACAAUUUCAUCCAAAAUAUCGUACUAGAAUAUGUAUUAAUUAUGCUAAUAAUGGUCAUUGUCCAUUUGGUAGUAAUUGUUAUUUUUUACAUUUUACACCACCACAAAUCACAACAACCAUCACCAACACCACAACAGCAACAGUAACAACUGAGAACCAUAUUAAUCAUAAUCUGAAUAGAACAGCUACGAGUUAUUGGGAUAUUGAUCAUUUUAUACAAGAUGAUAGUACUAUUAGUACUAUUAGUAGUAAUAGUAAUAGUCAUAUGGAUACAAUGUCAUUAUGUUCAAAUUUAAGGCGAGUUACUAUUUAAAAUUUAAAAACUUAAUUAAUAUAUUGUUUUGUUUUUCCUUGUUGCCAAGGGGUUUUUGCUUUGUUUAUCCUUUAAGGAACAUUUAUAUAUAUAUAUACCUUUCUGUUAUUAUUAUUAUUAUUUAAGAUGAUAAAAUUAAUAUUUAUUUAAAUAGAUUUCGUUCAUUCUGUAAUUUUCAAAUCUUUACUACUUAUUUUUUAUAUCAGUAUUAUUGUGACUACUUAUAUACACAGACCCUCCCCCCCACACACGUUUUGUAUUUGUUAUUCAAGUAAACAACCUGUUCCAGGGAUCAUUGUAGAUCGGAUUUCUUUUAAUCAUUAUUAUUAUGAUAUUGAUUCACAGAUCGAUAAUUGUGCUCGAUUUGAAUUGAUUUUUAAUUUCUCAUUAAUACUACCUCUAUGUUUAUGGUGUUUUAAUGGAUAGACUUAUUCAUUUAUAUUAAUAAUAAUAAUAAUAAUAAUAAUAACACCGGUAUAAUACUUUAUUUUUGUAUUGUUGUCAAGUCCAUCAUAAGUUCCAGGUUGUUGUUGUUGUUGUCAUUGUUGUUGUUCUUAUCUCUUCUUUAUCUUUUUAAUGUUCCCAUUUUGUUUACUUGUGAUCUAUCCAUCUUAUUUUUUUUAAUAGAAACACAUUUUGAUAAGGAUAUUUUUAUGUCAUACUAUUUUUAUAAAUAAACAUUAGUCUUUUAA